AACCCCGUGAAAAGAUAGCAUUUAAUAUGCAUGCCAGCUUGUCAUCAAAUGUUUCCUGGGUAUCAGUACCAACACAUCUAGAACUCAUGAAUUCAGCGAGGUCUUUUAGUGUUAAAGUUGACUCAUCUGGACUCACAGAAGGAUCCCAUUAUACAGAGGUGUGUGGAUAUGAUGUGAAAUGUCCACAGAGUGGUCCUCUGUUCAGAGUUCCUAUUACUGUUAUCAAACCAUGUAAGGUGCAUGAUGAAACUUACUAUGAAAUGAAAUCUGAUGAUUUAACAUUCCGAGCUGGACAGAUACAUAGAAGAUUUAUUGCUGUACCAGUCGGGGCUACUUGGGCAGAUUUGACAGUUGUAUCUAUGGAAAAGAAACUGCCAUCACGUUUUGUAAUUCAUGCUAUACAAUUACUUCCACAGUCUGCAUAUAGAACACAUGAAUACUACAAGUUUAUUACAUUACCAGAAUUAGCAGAAAGUACCCAUGCAUUUAGUGUGCAGGGUGGCGUGACACUAGAACUAGUUAUUGCAAAGUGGUGGGCCAGUAUAGGUACUGUUAAUGUCAAGUACAUUGUAUCCUUCCAUGGACUCGCACCUACCUCACGUGUUAUUAAUAUGCAUGCAGCAGAAGGCAUUGUCAGAGUUAAUUCUGUGUCAACACUUAGACACGAAGAAAUUUCUCCUUCUCUUACUCUGAAGAACUGUGUUCAACCUCUCAGGCCAAGUGAACACAAGAUUAGACCAUUAAACCAUAGAGAUGUGCUGCCUGAAUGUAGACAGAUUUAUGAGCUACUCCUCACAUAUCAAUUUCAUCAGAGUAAAUCAGCUGAAAUCACACCAAACUGCCCAUUACUCAGUGAUAUGUUAUAUGAAAAUGAUUAUGAAGGUCAAAUAUGGUUAAUGUUUGAUAAUAAUAAACAGUACAUUGGUGCUGGAGAUGCCUAUCCUAACCAGUACUCAUUGAAGCUAGACAAAGGUGACUACACCAUCAGAAUGCAGAUCAGACAUGAGAAGAAGGAAGCUUUAGACAAACUGAAAGAUCUACUACUACUUAUAGAACAGAAACUAUCAAGUACAAUCAGUUUAGAUGUUUAUACUACAAUGAAUGGAGCUCUGACUGGUAAACACAAAUUUGGAACUCAGAAGCUGUGUCCAGGGGCAAUGACUGCUUGCUUUAUUCCGCCAUUAUCAGAAGACAAAUUACCAAAAGGAGCUCUUUUAGGACAGUACCUUACUGGAACUAUUUCAUUUUCAAAGUCUGAUAAAGCCAAAAAAGCA